AUGUCAUUAGGAAAUACUGUUCUUGCACUCUGUUGCAUAUUAUACUUACUUUCUGGCGGAAGAUGGUCCAUAGUUUUAGCAGUUGGUACUUUAUCUUUUUUGUACACUAAGAAUAAGCAGACUACUCAGGUUAUAACGAAGAGCAUAUCUGAAGAAAAAACAGUUAAAGAACAAAACAAUAAACCUUCACCUAUAUAUGCUGUUGACUUUACUUCAACUUCAUUUACUCCUGACGCCACCACACGUAUUCCUGAAAAUAAGUUAAGAAGCAUCAAGCCAGUUUCGUCAUUAAGACCAAGAGGUAGAAGAUCUCCGAAGAUUAUUAAAGCUAGUAAGCCAAUAACUAAUACCAGCGAACCGACUUUAACAAGAUCUGCCGUAAAUUUACUUGACUCACAGAUAUAUAUCUUUUAUACUACGUUGACAGGAUCAUCACAAAGAGUCGCUAAGGCAUUGUACGAAAAGCUCGAACACUUACCAAAUUUGACAAAUAAACCGAAAUUAUUAAGUCUUGAUGAUGAUGUUGAUGAUCUUGAGGAAUACUUUUUAAAGACACCUAAUGCAGAGAAAGACAAGAGCAUAUAUCUUUUGGUUUUGCCUUCGUAUGAAACCGAUUCGCCAAUUGAUUAUUUCUUGGAACACUUGAAAGAAACCUAUCAAGAUUUCAGAGUCGAUAAAUAUCCAAUGCGAUCACUUUUAGGAUUUGCUGUUUUAGGAUUGGGUGAUUCUGAAUCAUGGGCAGGUGAAAAGUUUUGUUAUCAAGCAAAAUUGGCGGAUAGAUGGAUGGGAAAAUUAGGUGGAAGAAGAUUGUAUCCUGUUGGAGAGGUUUGUAUGAAAUAUGAUGGUGAACCUAAGACAAAUACAUGGAUUCAAAGUUUUGCUUCUUUGUUAGCAGACGACGAACCAUUCUAUCUUGAUGCUAAUGAAGAAAUUGACGAUAGUGAUUAUGAAAAUGAUUCAGAUGGUGAAGAUGCAAACACAUUAGUUGAUGUGGAAGAUAUGGGUGACAUUAUUAAAAAGCAAGGUACAAAGGGUUUAUCCAGUCAAACCGAAGUGAAGCAAAUGGUUGCAAAGGAUUCUCCAACUUUCAAAUCAUUGACAAAGCAAGGUUAUACGAUCGUGGGAUCCCAUUCGGGUGUCAAAAUAUGUAGGUGGACUAAAAGUGCAUUGAGAGGAAGAGGAUCUUGUUACAAAUUUGCGUUUUACGGGAUCAAAUCUCAUUUGUGUAUGGAAACCACACCAUCAUUGGCUUGUUCAAAUAAGUGUGUGUUUUGCUGGCGUCAUGGGACUAAUCCUGUAGCAAAACUGAACUGGCGUUGGGAAUUAGACCCACCAGAAAAAGUUAUGGAAGGAGCAUUACAAGGACAUUAUCAAAAGAUUAAACAAAUGAGAGGUGUUCCAGGUAUUCAAAUGGAUAGAUUUGAAGAGGCUUUUAAAGUUAAACAUUGUGCAUUAUCCUUGGUUGGUGAACCUAUCUUUUACCCUUAUAUCAAUGAAUUUGUUGGAAUGUUACACGAACAACAUAUUUCAUCAUUUUUAGUCUGUAAUGCUCAGCACCCAGACCAACUUGCAAAAUUGAAUAGAGUUACCCAGUUAUACGUUAGUAUUGAUGCACCUACAAAGACAGAUUUAAAGAAAGUUGAUCGUCCAUUGAAUAGUGACUUCUGGGACAGGUUAAUGUCAUGUUUAGACAUUUUGCGCACUACUCAAUCUCAUCAACGUACCGUUUUCAGAUUGACUUUGGUUAAAGGUUUUAACAUGAACGAUAUCUCUAGUUAUGCUGAUAUGGUUAUAAGAGCACAACCUUCUCAAAUUGAAAUAAAAGGAGCUACUUUCUGUGGAUCCUCAAAUAGUAAUGGUAAUCCGUUAACCAUGCAAAAUAUCCCAUUUUAUGAAGAAUGUAAGCAAUUUGUUAUCAGUUUGUCAGAAGAUUUAAAAUCGAGAGGAUAUGAUUAUGAAAUAGCUGCAGAGCAUGCCCACUCAUGUUGUAUCUUAAUGGCUCACAAAAGAUUCUUCCGUAAUGGAAAAUGGCACACUCAUAUUGACUACCCUAAGUUUUUCGAAUUAUUAGAAAGUGGAGAAGAAUUCAAUGAUAUAGACUACAUCAGGGAGACUCCUGACUGGGCAGUUUGGGGUUCUGAAGAAGCUGGGUUUAAUCCUGUCGAUACUAAGUUUGACAGAAAGGCAGAAAAAAUGAAAAAUAGAUUGGAAAGAGAAGAAAAAGCUAAGAAGGUGCUUGAGCAACAAAAAAUUCACUAA